AUAAUAGGACAGGUGCUUAUCUUACCUGCUCUGACCUAAGACUUGUUAUCGAGCAAUUAAUUAAAACAUUUGUGUAGUAACCAUGAACAAAUUAACAGCUUUAAUUUGUUUAUCCAUCCUUGGUCUAGGAUUUGGCCUCCCAAGUCCUAUACCACAAAGUCUUGACUUGGAACACCUCGAGAAAUAUGCGCCCCGCGUCAACACGGGGGCCAGAUACGACCCGACCCUUACAAAUGUGUACCAUUUGUUCACAAGGGACAAUCCGGUAGUUAGCCAGCCAUUGAUUUUGAACAAUCCCUCACUUCUUCAGACUACUAACUACAGGAAUGACAGACGGACCAUUGUUCUCAUUCACGGAUGGCUGGAAUCAGUAACCGCUAACUUCAAUAGUGUGCUUAUUCCAGUGUUCCUUGCCGCUGAAGAUGUCAACAUCAUCGUAGUAGAUUGGAGUGUCGGAGCUAGUUCCAUUGACUACAGGACCGUUAUUAGAAACACAAUUGCUUCUGGUGAAGCUGUGGGAGCUUUCAUCAACUGGGUGAACAGAGAGUCAGGCGCCACUCCUACCAUGUACCACAUUGUUGGACACGGCUUCGGUGGACACCAGGCUGGUAUUGUUGGCAGAAAUGUCGAUGGUGACGUCGCUUAUAUUACUGCUCUGGACCCUGCGUUCGUUGGCUGGGUCAGCCACCCAGACCGCUUCGAUGCCAACGACGGACAAUACACUGAAGUUGUCCACACAAACUACGGCAUCAACGGCUAUCUGGCGGACCUUGGCCACGUCGACUUUUACCCUAACGGUGGUAUAUCUAUGCCAGGAUGUGACUCCCACGCUUGCGAUCACGCACGAAGCUACUUUUAUUUUGCCGAAUCCAUCACCUCGGGUGGAUUUACUGGAAGACAAUGCGUGAACUACUUCGCUGCUAUUUUGAGCUCAUGUGAUUUGCUGCCAGGCAGAUUACAGAUGGGAGGACUCAGACCUAAGAUUGGGAGAACUGGUGUGUACUUGUUGGAAACAAACGCCUCCCCUCCAUUCUCCCAGGGUUGAUGAAAACAACAAACUACCGUCAACAUUAUUUUAUUACUAAGUACUAGUCAGUUGCAUCACAAAGUUUAAAGCAAUAAAUAGGAUACUGAUUCAUAAUAAGCUUGAGAACAGGAGUUUUAACCUAAAAUAAAUGCAUUUCGUAUCUAAAUGCUCGCGAGUAUAUUAUCACAAUAAGUUGGGAUGUUUCAAAUUCUUGGGGCCUCUUCUUUGCGAAGACUCUGUUGGAUUUUCUGGAGGAGGAGCACUGCUGGAUUCAGUGGAGCUGGCUGGCUUCACUGAAGUACUGUUACUGCUAGGUGUCUCUAAAAGACUGCUCAGUAGUGCAAUACUUUGCUGUGCAGUUUGAUAAACUCCGGCGAAAAACUUAUUCGGAUCAAAUUCAACGUCUUCGCUAUCUUCAGUAUUGUCAUCUGUACUAGCUUCUACAGCUUCUGCUUCUACGGCUCUGGAAAUAAAUGACAAAAUCGAAUAAAUAACUUCAUUAAAUGCUUCUUAAUAAUAUUUUCUCUUUCAUUCAAUUUAAUUAUUUGUAGCAUAUGCCUGUGAUGCGUCAACGUUUGUUUUUUUGUGCAAUGGGAUUAUCGUGUUUAAUCUCUGAUAUAGAUUAAUUGAAUUAAUAUCAGUUUGUUUAUCAAAAUGGAGGCUCAAGGCCACCAUUUUUUGAAUACCAUAUAAUUUAAGCACGCCUAAAUUCUAGAAAAUAUGAUAAAACUUAUAAUCUUUUGAUUAAUUAAUAAGGUUGUAGAGCUGUCAUGACUGUCGUAUGGUUUUGUUUAUUUCUACCUAUUAUCAAAAUGGACAGGCAAACAAGCAUACAAUUACAUAUUAUAACAUUCAGAAUAUUCUAUUUAAAAUAUUAUUUAAUAUAAUAUGUUACAAAAUCAACGCUUACAUUGAUUUUUAGGCGGUGAAAUCACCCAAUGUCUUAGCUAUAGCUGGGUGGGGCAAAAUGAAGUGUCAGUAAUAAAAACGAACCCAUUGUUUUUCUUACUCUAACCCCCGUUUUUGUCAGGAGAAAAUCAUCAAAUGAUAUCUUCCACCCGAGAUAAGGCGAUAAACAGCACUUUAGGCCGAGGCGGCGGUACCCCAUUGCGCUUACCCCUGGCUGCCAAUACAAUAUACUUACGUUUCUUUAGGUGGAUCUGACAUUUCCAUUAAACUUUCGUUAGCUUUGAAGCAACCAAGUGGAAUCUUUCGUUGUGACACGAAUAUGGUUCCAGGCUCUAAGUUUACGCAGCCCUGCAGACCGUCCGCGGUAACCGCCAUCUUGUUGAAUGUGGCGCACAUUUGGAAGAACACGCCUAGCACAAGGCAGAGUGGUUCAGGAUUUGACGCUGUAACGUAAAAU